CUACGACUGAAACCUUUUCUAUGAUGGACCACUCCUGGACGAAUGAGGGGCUACACCGUCCCAUGGGCCAUGUAAUUAAUAUUUCAGCUAUCCAUCAGGAGGCCCCCUAGCAGUUAGGCGUUAAAGGAUGAUUCAGAGUAAAAACAGGCACCAGAGCCAAUCACCUCCAAGUACCGUUCAGCGUGAAGCCGCGCCUCCAGCCGCCGGGCGGGCAGCACCUGAGGGCGCAGGUCAACAAGCUGCUCCUCCAUCACUUCACCACUGACAGGAGGCGACGAUGCAGCGAGGCCACAUACACCUGAGCCACCUUUUACUGUGGCUGCUUUUUGCACCAACCUCUGCGGAUUUGCCCAUGUGCAAAGAGUCAGAUUAUCACUUUGAGUACACAGAGUGUGACGUACUCGGCUCACGAUGGAGAGUGGCGGUUCCCAACAAAGCUGACACAUGCACAGGCCUCCCAGAUCCAGUCAAAGGCACUCAGUGCACCUUCUCCUGUAGUGAGGGGGAGUUCCUCGACAUGCAGACGCAGCAGUGCCAGAAGUGUGCUGCAGGCACCUACUCUCUGGGCACUGGCGUGGCCUUUGAUGAGUGGGACAGCCUGCCGUCUGGUUUUGUCACCCACGGGGUCAACACGAAUGGCGGGGACGCCCACACAGACUGCUCAAACUCAACCUGGACACCAAAGGGUGAUUACAUAGCCUCAAACACAGAUGAGUGCACUGCAACGCUGUCCUAUGCUGUGAGCCUGAAGAAACCUGGAACAGUGUCUUUUGAAUAUUUCUACCCUGACAACAGCAUUUACUUUGAGUUCUUUGUUCAGAAUGACCAGUGUCAGUCUACAGACUCUGAAAGCCGCUGGAUGAAGAUCUCAGAGAGCAACUGGAGCAAAUACAGGGUUGAGCUGAACAGUGGCAACAAUGUGCUGUAUUGGAGAACCACUACGUAUACUCUGCUGGGCAGUGCUGUCAAACCUGUGCUGUUAAGAAACGUUGCCAUCUCAGGGGUGGCCUACACAUCAGAGUGUUUCCAUUGUAAACCCGGCACCCACAGUGCAAAACCAGGAUCUGCCCGCUGUACCCCCUGCCCUGUUGAAACCUACUCCAACAAGGGUGCCACUGUUUGCCAUCAGUGUGAACCGGACACAUAUGCAGAGGCUGGUUCAGGGAGCUGCAAACCGAGACCUGCAUGUACAAACAGUGACUACUUCUACACCCACACUCCCUGUGACUCUGAUGGAAAGACUCAGCUCAUGUACAAGUGGAUUGAGCCUAAGAUCUGCAGUGAGACUGUCGAAGGAGCUGUGAAGCUGCCCGCAUCAGGGGAGAAGCAAACCUGUCCCCCAUGUAACCCGGGUUUCUUUGUCACCAACUCAUCCACCUGCGAACCCUGCGACAGAGGUUUCUUCUCAAACGGAACAGCCUGUGACAAGUGCCCUGUUGGCACGGAGCCAGUGGUGGGUCUCGAGUACAAAUGGUGGAACAUGAUGCCGAGCAACAUGAAGAGCUCCAUCUUCCAUCGAGAGUUCAGCGACUCUGAACACAGCACGGCAUGGGAGGUGGCAGGAGAGUAUGUCUACACCACCCCCGGGGAUCAGGACACAGAUUACCUGAUGCUCACGCUCAAUGUCUCUGGAUACAGGCUGCCUCAGUCCAUGGCCAAAGACAGUGAAAGGAGCGAACUAUCACGCAUCACCUUCGUCUUUGAGACCAUGUGUACAGCUGACUGCAAAUUUUACUUCCUGGCGGGUUAUAAUCAGUGGAAUAAUGAUGUGGUGGAGCAGUGGAAAGGCAGCAACAGGAAACAGUCGUACUCCUACCUGAUCCAGAGCAACAGCACCGCCAGCUUCACCUGGACAUUUCAGCGAACAGAGGAAUUUAAUGCGGAGAGGAAAUACAGCGCGGAUGUUGCAAAGAUCUACUCCAUCCACAUCACCAAUGUGAUCGGGGGGGUUGCCUCUCAGUGUCGCCGUUGUGCCCUGAUGUCUGCUAACGCGGGCUCCGCCUGUGUCCCCUGCCCACCUGGACAUUACAUGGUCAGUGGGACAGGAGUGUGUAUGAGCUGCCCGCCAAACACCUUCAUCAGGGCCGAUCAGCCUGUCGGAGAGGCCGCUUGUGUUCAGUGUGGACCAAACACAAAGAGUAAUAAGGCCCACACUGCUUGUCUCAGUGACUGUGCGUUGGACGUGCAGACGGGAGGGGGAGCACUGCUGCACUAUGACUUCUCUCCUCUGGCCAACGUCACCGGCUUUCACAGCAGCCCCCGUUUCACCAACAAGGGCCUGAGAUAUUUCCAUCGCUUUAAUUUGGGUCUGUGUGGGAAAGAGGGCAGAGUGCCAGCUACCUGUGUGGACAAUGUAACAGAGAGCGGGAGAGAGGUCAAAGGUUACGUCUGUCAGUCCACUGUGGUUCCCUCUGACAUCAGGAGUGAGACCGUGGUGUCCUCCCAGCCUUUCCUUAUUGGUGACUCACUCAUCGGUGUGACCACUGACACAACCCUGAGUAGCAUCUCCUCUCCAAAAUGGCUGUUUCCCUCAGCGUCCAGUCUGCCAGAUGUCAUAUUUUAUUACAAGUCCAGUGAGACGACUCAGGCUUGUAAACAAGGCAGGUCAGCCACCAUCAGACUGAGAUGCAAUCCCACAGUGGCCGCUAAAGACCUCAUUACGCUGCCAAGUAACUGUUCAGAGGGGACGUGUGAUGGUUGUACUUUCCACUUUCUGUGGCAGAGCCAGCAUGCAUGUCCACUCUGCACCAAAAACCACUACAGAGAGAUUGUCAGCGCUUGCAUCCAGGGAAUACAGAGAACCACCUAUGUGUGGCAGCAGCCGUUGCAGUGUUAUGGAGGAGAGUCACUACCAGCACAAAAAGUCAGUGCUUGUGUGACUCUGGAUUUCUGGCUCAAGUUUGGUGUUUCCACGGGAACGAUCGCUGCUGUGCUGCUCAUCAGUAUCAGCUGCUAUUUCUGGAAGAAGACACGCAAGUUGCAGUAUAAGUACUCUAAGCUGAUGAUGAGCUCUGGGGGUAAAGAGUGUGAGCUGCCCACUGCAGACAGCUGUGCAAUAAUGGAGGGAGAGGACGCAGAGGAUGAUGUCAUGUACCUCACCAAGAAAUCCUUCUUCACCAAAAUGAAGUCCUUCUCACGAGAGAGGACAUCAGAUGGAUUUGACUCAGUUCCACUUAAGUCAUCAUCUUCAUGCCAGCAAAGAGAGGAGGAAGACUCCGAUGAUGCUUAAUUCAGAGGAGAAAACAGAUCCUUCUACGUAGAGCGCAGAGGAGGUGUUUUUUAGAGAAACGGUUCGACAUCAAUGCAGAUCCAACAGAUGGAGUCACAGAAAACAGAUAGAUAGGCUGUUGAAUUCAUUUCAUUUAUUACAAAAGAUAUAGGUUAACAGAGGGAGUUUUAAAAUAAUGUAAAGAGUGACAAUUUUAUUUUGUAUUAUUUGUCAUAUGUUAGGUUGCCAAACCUAAUAUCGCAAGUCUCCAUAUUGGGGAUACUCUGUAUUUUCAAAGCCCAAUGGUGUAUUUCAAAAUUAAAUAAGAACCAAACUGUGGAUAAAGUUGCAAUUGUCAUAGAUGUGUGAGUCUGUGUACAUUUUACAUAACUGUGAGUGUGUAUUUAGUUUUUUUUUCUCAUUUCUUCAUUUAUUUUUUUAUUAGGCUAUCCUGUUUUUAUUAGUCCAGUUCAGUCUUAUAAUGUUAUUUGGCAAUAUGUGAAUUAUAUUUGCUACAGCUUUUGAUAACCUUUUCUGCUGCACCGAAGAAUCUGAUAUGAUCUUGCUUUAUUGUGAAGUAAAGACGUUUUCUACAAUAAAAAACCAACAAACUUGCA